CUCCUCUCGACGGCCAUCGCCGGCUUCCCCAGAUUCCGGGUACCAGCGGCCUAAUGUGGGGGAACAUCCUCAAGUCGUCAGCGCGGUUGACCUAGGCAGUCGAGUUCAACCAGAUCCGCCCCCUAAAGUCCCAGCUCCUCUUCUCCCGCGAGCUGAGGUAUUCCUGCUUCUGUCCUCUCCUCUUCUCUCUGCCUAGGUAGCAAUUGACGAAUCUAUCCGGUGUGUGAAGGUGCCAAUGUUUCUCCAGCGAACCGCCCGUGUGGUCCGGCGGUCAUCGCAGCCCCAAGGUCUAGCACGCAUCGCCCAGCCCCGGGCUCCCCUAUAUCGCCGGGCUUUCCAUGCCACCGGAACCCUGCAAGUGGUGAAGCCCGUCCUACUUGCUGACAUAGGAGAAGGCAUUGUAGAGUGCGAGGUCAUACAAUGGUUCGUUGAGCCCAAUGCCCGAGUCGAGGAGUUCUCGCGGCUGUGCGAGGUCCAGAGCGACAAGGCCUCGGUGGAGAUUACGAGUCGGUUUUCCGGCGUUGUCAAGAAGCUGUAUUAUGAGGCCGGCGAGAUGGCCAAAGUAGGCCGGCCAUUUGUAGAUAUCGACAUACAAGGGGGCGCCAGUGACAAGGAUUUCGAGGCUCUGACGCUCCCCGAGCUGACGCGAGACCCUAUCACGGAACCUGCCGCAUCUUCCGAGAACGAAGAGCCGAUACCCCAACCGCAGCCGAAGAGCAAGUACGCGUCCUUGGCUACCCCAGCAGUCCGACAUCUCUCCAAGGAAUUAAAAGUGGACAUAACGCAGAUCGACGGGACGGGGAAGGGUGGCAGAGUCCUGAAGGAAGAUAUCUACAGAUUUGUCCAAAGCAGAGAUGCACCCAGCCCGCCUGUCGACCAGCCGGUGGCGGACCCCCUGUCCGCCAAACUACCAGCAGACACGGAAAGGCAGGUCGAGACCACCGUCCGACUGACGAAUACCCAACACCAAAUGUUCAAGGCUAUGACCCGAUCCCUUAGCAUACCACAUUUCCUUUACGCCGACGAAGUCGACUUCUCUGCACUCCUCGAGCUGCGGCGGCGGCUCAACAAGAUUUUUUCGCGAUCGGCCAAGGAAGGAGAUGUAUCCAAGUUGACCUUCCUACCUUUUGUCAUUAAAGCUGUAUCCCUAGCGCUGUAUCAGUAUCCCAUACUGAACGCACGUGUCGAUGUAGACGUCAAUACCUCGAAGCCGACGCUCGUCCAUCGUAGCCAACACAAUAUCGGCGUCGCUAUGGACACGCCCUCGGGGUUGCUCGUGCCCGUGAUCAAGAACGUGGGAGCGAAGAAGCUGGGAGAGAUCGCGGUAGAGCUGGUACGUCUGCAGUCGCAGGCCGCGGCCGGGAAGCUGUCGCCUCAGGAUUUGGCCGGCGGGACGAUCACCGUGUCCAACAUAGGUAACAUUGGCGGGACCUACCUGUCGCCAGUCAUCGUCGAGAAGGAGGUGGCGAUCCUGGGUAUCGGUCGUGUGCGGGCGGUUCCCGCCUUCGACGGGCAGGACAAGGUCGUCAAGAAGUACAUGUGCAACUUCAGCUGGAGCGCAGAUCACCGAGUCGUAGACGGCGCUACCAUGGCGCGUGCCGCAGACGUCGUCCGGAAAAUCGUAGAGGAGCCAGACGUGUUGGUCGUGCACCACCUGCGAUAGCCCCUUUGGUGCCCAAGAUGCUCGUCACAUGCUCUCAGUCGAGGAGGCCCGGCGGCGAGUCCGAGUGGGAGAGCCACCUACGUAACCCGGCUCUGCUGAAGGCGCGCGGAGGAUUCGGCGGAUGAUAUGAUUUGGACACAAUGAUCUGUCGCCUACAGUGCCAUUGUAACAUACCCUCAAGACCCCAUGGGCAACCUUUUUUGGUGGCAUAGAAUAGAAUACCAUAAUCCCGAUAGCUGCGCUCGAAGAAGAUACCUAUCAGUUCCUGGGGGUUCCCCUCCCCAAACGGCCCCCUGUCGACAGCCUCGUCCCUUUUGGCCUCUGAUCGUCGCACCGUUCCCGGUAAAGUAAGAGCACGCAGUCGUCGUCAUAUUUACUCAUGCAUCCAGAAAGUGGCGGGCUUUGGCUAAACUCGGCAUUUACUUACACACAUCGGGUGCGGCAAGGGAAUGACGCAUACAGGCUCGUGUACACGCCACCUCGCGCCGUCCCAUGCCCCUACUAUCCUACCCUACACACAACGUCGUCAUGCCCCUAGCCCACGCCACACCAUGUCGUGGCAUGUUAUGUGAUGCUAGGACCCUCGACGUAUGUGCGUCCUGCGGUGGAGGGAGAGGGGGCGGGUGCCUCGGGGAGGAACAAAGGAGGGAGCGGGAGG